CUCUUUUUCGGUCAGAUGGCGUGCUGCAGUCCGCCCCCGUCAUUCUCCAGCCCACACAGACAGGGCAGCCAGCAACCAAUACGCUGCGCCGGAGGAGGAUUUCUGCCAGUGAUUUCAGACGAGCUACGAUACGCAAAGGGGAUUUACUACGCCAAUCUGAGCUGGGGAAGCUUUCGGCGAUAGGUAACAGGUCACUCACUCCGGGAGUAGCCUACCGACCUUGGAGAUACACCAUUCUGUAAAAACUCUCUGCACAUCGGUCUGACCUGAAUAAGCUGUGUGCCAUGUCUCUGCCUCGCACACUUGGGGAGUUGCAGCUGUAUCGGGUCCUCCAGAGGGCCAACCUGCUGGCCUAUUAUGAAACCUUCAUUCAGCAGGGUGGUGAUGACGUGCAGCAGCUCUGUGAGGCAGCAGAGGAGGAGUUUCUGGAGAUCAUGGCUCUAGUUGGCAUGGCCACCAAGCCACUGCAUGUGCGUAGGCUCCAGAAGGCCCUCAGAGACUGGGCGUCCAACCCUGCCCUUUUCAGCCAGCCCGUCUCAAACGGUCCUCUGGGGGGCAUCCCACUGUUCAAAGUGGACGGCACAAGCUCUGGUGGAUCGGCAGGCGGUCCCAGGAAGUCUCUGAGCAACGGGCAGCCUGGGUCCCCCUGUGAAAGGGAAGAUCGGGCGUGUCUUACUCCGAUGCACAGUGGGAGUCCCAGAAGCCCUUGCUCCCAGGCAUCCCCACAGCCACCAGACUCACACUACAGGGAAAAACUGUCCCCCAUGGACCCACACUGGCUCACCCCAGAGCCCGAUGGGAACUGCAAUCUCUCAUCUGGACUCGAGGAUGAGUCUCCCAGCCCACCACUGAUGUCAACAUGUCCUCCUGGUCCCUCUUCUUCUCCAAGCCCCUCUGCACUGUCCGCUUGGCCCGGAGGACAGCUGGACGGGGAGACGGCGAGGGCGGUGGUGGAGAGCGUUGACAGGCUCCUCAGGACCCUGCCCAGGUCAGAUGCUGCAGAGGUGAAGACUCUUCUAAGGAUGAACAAGAAGAUGGCAAAGACUGUGGGACACAUCUUCAAAAUGGGUUCCCAAGAUGUUAACAAAGAAGAAGAGAUCAGGAAGUACAGUCUCAUUUAUGGACGCUUUGACUCAAAGCGGAGAGAAGGGAAGCAGCUCACACAUCAUGAGUUGAUCAUCAACGAAGCUGCUGCCCAGUUCUGUAUGCGCGACAAUGCCCUUUUGCUGAGACGGGUGGAGCUCUUUUCUUUGGCUCGGCAGGUGGCGAGAAAAUGUGCCUACACCUCCACACUAAAGCAUGCAAGGACAAAUGCAGAUGAGAACAGCCUACUGUGCCAGAAGAGAGCGAGACAUGAGGUAAUUGUGCCUGAGAGUGUGUCCUCACUUCUCGGAGUGGAGAGCUCUGAGGGCUUGACCCAGAGGGCAGAUGAUGACAGCUUAUCUGCAGAAAGCCUCGACAGUGUAUCACAUGACAUCGGCUCACAGUGCAACCAAUCUCCAUCCCCCCGUCCCCACACCGACACGUCCAACCCUGCCAACUGGAGUCGCCAUCUCAUACAGCAAACGCUAAUGGACGAAGGGCUGCGAUUGGCUCGGAUGGUCUCACAUGAUCGGGCCGGCAAGAUCAACCUAGCGUCAGAACGAACUCACUGUACAGAUCAUGACGGUAAAGUGGAGAGGCGGAGCUCGAUAACAACGUGCAGGAGCAGCAGCCCUUGCAUCACCAAAGACGAGUCUAGUCACCGGGGAAAAUGAAAAAACUCCUCCGGCCUGCCACUGAACUCUGUCCGUUUUACAGGUUGCUACUGACACUGACAUCUAAUGGGAAGAAGACUACAGUAAUUAUUUGAAUUAAGGACUGAUACCAUACAUGUGGAGUGACUUCUAAACACUGAAAAAUAUUCCAUUUUGACUUUAUAAUCACUAAAUAUGAAGGGGAGACACAGAAAGUGGGAACAUUCAAUGUUUUUAUAUGGAGAAAAAACAUAAUUAAGAAAAUAAAUCUAGUUUUCAGGUCAGUUUUUAUUGUAAGAAGUGCCAUGUGUUGACAGUGCGGCAGGUUUUAAAUUAAAUGGGCUCUACACAGUAGAGGGCACUGUAACUUUGGAAACAGAGUCUCUUACCUUCAUCCAGUAACAUACUAGUUAUGUUAGGGGAAUCUGUUGUCAUAGGUAAACUUGUACUGACUUUUAUAGCAAGUAACAGGCUAAAAAAGUGUAUAAGCAGCUCCUCACCCUCAGGAAAAAAUGUGAUAUUUUAGUUUUUGACGUAUGUGCAUUGUUUAGGAUUCAAAGAUGGUAAUACUCAGCUGUGUGUUCACUCAAAUUGCCGUUAGGUUCAGAGGCCUUUUGUUUUUCGCUGCAUCAUCCAAUCGCCCAUAUGAUCUAAACAAAUGGGUGGUGGUUUAUUAGAUACAAAGCCGCAGGUCUUCAAUAUCCUCUCCUUCACAUCUUUAUGUAAUGGUAUUUUGCACAAGCAGCUGGUGUCUAGAGAUGAUUUUCCAUAUUUUUCAUUUUCUUAAAUUCUGUGAGAAUGCCCCCCAGAAAACCUUUCAAAAGCUGGUCGAAAUUUCGUAAGAACACCAAUGUUUCUUUAUUUUAUUUUCAGCUGAUAGAUAACAUUUGAGUUGCCUCUCUACACAUCAGGUUACAGGCUCUUGCUCCAGAGCAGGGAGGAUGCUGCUUUUCCCCCUCCUCUUACUUGAAUAGGUGCCAUUUUACAGCCUGUGAGGACACUGCAUUCAAAACUACAUUGCAAGAUUUAAAGGAUAAAAAAACAAAACCACAGCAUUUAAAAAUAAAAGAGAGGUGAUAAGUGUAAAUGUUUAAUGCAGUUUUAUUUAGGCGUGGCGGAAACAGACAAUAUGGCUGCAUGUUUUUCUGAUGAUUUCUGUAGUCUUAGAUAUUAAGUUAACUAAUGGUUUACUUUCUAAGCUUUAGAAAAAUAAAAACCCAUGCAGAGGUUUACAGAAAGACAUUUGCUUGACUCUCGAUACAGCAACUGCUUCAAAUUAUGCCAGCCUAUUUGACCCUGAUUAAAGUUUAAGUGUUUUCAGACUUAAUGUAAUGCUAAUAAUGACUUUUUGUAUGCUUAAUCACAGAGUAUGUCAGUGAGGUAGCUUUCUGUGCAUCAGUUACACCUGCCUGUCAUUUGAGCAUUGAUAACCUCCUCAGUUUAUUAUGUUGCAAAACAGAUUAUUUAUUUUGUUACAUCUCAA